AUGAAUUCUUCAAAACAUGAUAAAACACCAACAGAGGACACCAGCACUACCUCAAGAGAAGACACCAGCACUACCUCAACAGAUGACACCAGCACUACCUCAACAGAAGACACCAGCACUACCUCAACAGGGGACACCAGCACUACCUCAGAGGACACCAGCACUACCUCAACAGAAGACACCAGCACUACCUCAACAGGGGACACCAGCACUACCUCAGAGGACACCAGCACUACCUCAACAGAAGACACCAGCACUACCUCAACAGGGGACGACAGCACUUCCUCAACAGAGGACACCAGCACUUCCUCAACAGAGGACACCAGCACUACCUCAACAGAGGACACUAGCGCCACCUCAACAGAGGACACCAGCACUACCUCAAUAGAAGACACCAGCACUACCUCAGAGGACACCAGCACUACCUCAACAGAAGACACCAGCACUACCUCAACAGGGGACACCAGCACUACCUCAACAGAGGACACCAGCACUACCUCAACAGAGGACACCAGCACUACCUCAACAGAAGACACCAGCACUACCUCAACAGAGGACACCAGCACUACCUCAACAGAAGACACCAGCACUACCUCAACAGGGGACACCAGCACUACCUCAGAGGACACCAGCACUACCUCAACAGAAGGCACCAGCACUGCCUCAACAGGGGACACCAGCAUCACCUCAACAGAAGACACCAGCACUACCUCAACAGAGGACACCAGCACUACCUCAACAGAAGACACCAGCACUACCUCAACAGAAGAGACCAGCACUACCUCAGAGGACACAAGCACUACCUCAACAGAGGACACCAGCACCACCUCAACAGAAGACACAAGCACUACCUCAACAGAAGACACCAGCACUACCUCAGAGGACACCAGCGCCACCUCAACAGAGGACACCAGCACUACCUCAACAGAGGACACGAGGACCACCUCAGAUGACACCAGCACUACCUCAACAGAGGACACCAGCACUACCUCAGAGGACACCAAAACUACCUCAGAGGACACCAGCACUACCUCAACAGAGGACACAAGCACUACCUCAACAGAGGACACCAGCACUACCUCAACAGAGGACACCAGCACUACCUCAACAGAAGACACCAGCACCACCUCAACAGAAGUCACUAGCACUACCUCAACAGAGGACACCAGCACUACCUCAACAGAGGACACAAGCACUACCUCAACAGAGGACACCAGCACUACCUCAACAGAGGACACCACCGCCACCUCAACAGAGGACACCAGCACUACCUCAACAGAGGACACGAGCACCACCUCAACAAAAGACACUAGCACUACCUCAACAGAAGACACAAGCACUACCUCAGAGGACACCAGCACCACCUCAACAGAGGACACCAGCACUACCUCAACAGAGGACACCAGCACUACCUCAACAGGGAUACUAAUAUUGGCAGACAUGCCAGUGUUCCUGUUAUGA